AUCGUGUGUUGACGUCGAAUGACAGGUAAACGUGCAAGUGGAUUAGUGGAACUGUGGAAGUGGUGACUUUGACUUGGUUGCUGUCGCUACUGAGCAUUUGGUGAACGCAUUCUCUACCGAAGUUAAAAGACGGUUAACUUUUACAUCAAUUUCACCGAUUAAUUGAAGAUGGAUACUUCAAUGAGUGGUAACCAGAUAAGACAAGCCUUUAUUGAUUUUUUCAUCAGUAAAGGACAUAAAUAUGUUCACUCUUCAUCCACAAUACCUUUGGAUGACCCAACUUUACUUUUUGCUAAUGCAGGGAUGAACCAAUUUAAGCCCAUCUUUUUGGGGUCUGUUGACCCUAACUCUGAUAUGGCUCAGUAUGUCAGAGUUGUUAAUACCCAAAAAUGUAUAAGAGCAGGAGGUAAACAUAAUGACCUUGAUGAUGUGGGGAAAGAUGUCUAUCAUCAUACUUUUUUUGAAAUGAUGGGUAACUGGUCAUUUGGUGAUUAUUUUAAGAAAGAAAUAUGUGCAUGGGCAUGGGAACUUCUAACUGAAGUUUAUAAGUUGCCUGGGGAUCGUUUGUAUGUAACUUAUUUUGGAGGAGAUGCUGCUUCAGGACUUGAACCUGACCUCGAAUGCAAAGAAAUCUGGCUCAAGUUAGGUGUCCCAGAAUCCCACAUUCUUCCUGGUAGUAUGAAAGAUAACUUUUGGGAAAUGGGUGAAACAGGUCCAUGUGGUCCCUGCUCAGAAUUGCAUUAUGAUAGAAUCGGAGGACGUGAGGCAGCCCACCUCGUAAACAUGGAUGACCCUGAUGUACUCGAAAUUUGGAAUUUAGUGUUUAUUCAGUUUAAUAGAGAAUCAGAUGGGUCACUGAAGUUGCUGCCAAAAAAGCAUAUUGAUUGUGGAUUAGGUCUUGAAAGACUAGUGUCAGUUAUUCAAAACAAAAGAGCUAAUUAUGACACUGAUUUCUUUAUGCCUAUAUUCAAAGCAAUCGAAGUUGGUACGGGUGCAAGGCCUUAUACUGGAAAAGUCGGAGCUGAAGACGUCGAUGGAAUUGAUAUGGCAUAUAGGGUUUUAGCUGAUCAUGCUAGAACACUUACAAUAGCUUUGUCAGAUGGUGGAUGUCCCGACAAUACAGGAAGAGGUUAUGUACUUCGAAGAAUUUUAAGGAGAGCAGUACGAUACGCUUCUGAGAAACUUAAUGCUAAACCCGGGUUCUUUGGUUCUUUAGUUCAUGUUGUUGUGGAAUUAUUAGGAAAUGUUUUUCCUGAAAUAACAAAAGAUCCAUUAUCUUUGAUCCAACUGAUAAAUGAGGAAGAAUUACAGUUUUUGAAAACACUCACACGAGGGAGAAAUUUACUCAAUAGAACUAUUGAAAAAUUAAAUGGUAAGGUAAUACCUGGUGAUGUCGCUUGGCGGCUGUAUGAUACAUACGGAUUUCCUAUUGAUCUGACACAACUCAUGUGUGAAGAAAAUGGGCUUUCCAUAGAUAUGGAAGCUUACGAAAAAUCUAAGAAAGAAUCUCAAUUGAUUUCCCAAGGAAAAGCUGCUGGUCAAGAAGAUUUGUUAGCAUUGGAUGUGCAUGCCAUUAGUCAUUUGCAAGACACUGGAGUACCUGCCACAGACGACUCCCCUAAAUACAACUAUGUUGCAUCUUCAACUGAAAACGAAGCUGUAUAUAAUUUCAGUCCCUGCAUUGGAACCAUCAUUGCUUUACGACAAAAUAAACAAUUUGUAAAUGAAGUCUCUUCUGGUCAACAAUGUGGAGUUAUUCUUGAUAAAACCAGUUUCUAUGCCGAACAAGGUGGUCAAAUAUAUGAUGAAGGAUAUAUGGUAAAAACUGAUGAUGAUAGCGUUGAGUUCGUGGUUACUAAUGUCCAAGUUAAGGGAGGAUAUGUGUUACAUAUGGGAAAACUUGAAGGCACUCUGAAAAUUGGGGAUAAGUUGUCUUUGCAUAUUGAUACUGAAAGGCGGAGACUUGUCAUGAAUAACCACACUGGAACGCAUGUAUUAAACAACAUACUAAGAAAAGUUCUUGGAAACGAUUCCGAUCAACGAGGAUCUCUUGUCAUGCCAGAUCGUCUAAGGUUUGAUUUUACUAACAAAGGACCAAUGUCUUUAAAACAAAUAAAAGAUACAGAAGAUCAAAUCAAGGAGAUCAUUUAUGCAAAUAAACCUGUUUAUGCAAAACAUACGAGCUUAAAUGAAGCUAAAAAGAUUAAGGGCUUAAGAGCUAUGUUCGAUGAACACUAUCCAGAUCCAGUACGUGUAGUUUCUGUUGGAAUACCAGUAGAAGAGUUAGAGAAAAACCCGGACGGACCGGCCGCAUACGAAACCUCUGUAGAAUUUUGUGGUGGAUCACAUUUACAUCAGACCGGUCAUAUUGGAGAUUAUGUAAUCGUCAGCGAGGAAGGUAUUGCGAAAGGAAUUCGACGAAUUGUCGCCUUGACUGGGCCAGAAGCAUUGAAAGCCAUAAGUAAAUCAAGCUCAUUGGAAAAUGAGGUCAACAACAUGGCUAAUUUCAUUAAAGAUCAAAGUGACAAUAUGAACCAAAAGGAAAUUCUUCGUAAAAUUGUUGACCUUACAAACGAGAUUUCUCAAGCUCAGAUAUCGUAUUGGAAAAAAGAAGAAUUGAGAACUAUGCUCAAAAACUUAAAAAAACAACUUGACGAUAAAGAAAGGGCUGCUAAAGCUUUGACAAUCACUCAAGUCGCGGAAAGGGCAAAAGAAAUUUGUACGGAGAAUAAGGAAAGUAAAGUCAUUGUUUCAGAACUUAAAGCAUUUGGCAACACUAAAGCAUUGGAUGGCGCUUUAAAACAAGUGAAGCUUCUUUGCCCCACAACCGCGGCUAUGUUUUUCUCUGUAGACGAUGAAACUAACAAAAUAUUCUGUCUUGCCGCUGUACCUAAAAAUGCGAUCGAAAAGGGUUUGCUGGCCUCUGAGUGGAUUCAGUCUGUUGUGCCAGUUAUAGGUGGCAAGGGUGGUGGUAAAGCAGAAUCUGGUCAAGCUUCUGGUAAUAAUUCCGCCAGCCUUGAAGAAGCAAUGAAAGUUGCAGAGGAAUUUGCUAAUUUAAAGCUAUGCUAACUUUUGUCAACAUAAAACAUUUCAUUAGUUCAUUAAUUGUUUCAAAUACGAAUGCUUAAUUAUUUACUUUACAUUAAAUAAAAAAUAUUUAUUAGUUUG